CAUUUGCCGGGCAAGUAUCACAGGCGUGCACCGAUCGUAAAUUCCGUUUUCGCCGCGUGAAAGGCGACCCGUGCUUGCCAGCGGUGCAUUCACCGCUCACCGUAUCGAAUUUAUCGCGAGAUCGAUACGCGUACAAGCACUAUAGUUACCUGCGCGUCGCCGCCGACGUCACCCCACGUGGCGCGAACGCCGCCGCCGGCGCGCCUGUGUGUGUGUGCGCCACGAUUAUAUGGAAUUCAGCGAUUACGCCACCUACCUAUACGAGCGAGUGCGUCCGCCGCGAAGUAAUAAUAAUAAUUAGCCGCCUCAUUAUUGUUAGUGAAGGCGACGGCGCUCGCUGUCACCGCCAGAUAACCGCUUUACGCGCGCAGACGCCCCGCUCCCCGCGCCAUUGUUUCCUCACCACUGUUCUGUUUGUGUCCUACUGUGUUGUCGUGCACCUGGCCUGUGGCUCACUGGAUUGUUUGGACUCGACAGGGGACUCCUAUCAGGUUGUGGUGAAAUAGCAGCGCAGGCUAAAAAGUGUUAGUGGCGUACAAUAAGUGCAGUGAGGGAGGUGCUUGGUGUGUGUGGUGACUGUGCGUUGUUGCGUUGUGCGUUGUGCGCGUGUGUUGUGCGCGGGUGCGUGGCGUGCGCUGUGGCGCCGGAAUCGCGCGCGAGCCAAUGCCGGGGCGCCGAUGGGGCGGUGAUCUCGGCCUGACUACGUCACUACAGCAGCGCUGGUGACGCGCUGCAGGCAGGUGGAAAAAAGCGGCGCUGCCGCUUUAAAUGGACAAACGCAAGAUGCUGCCAAAGAGAGCGCGUAUGGAUAGCAUGCGGGGUCCCAUCGCCAAUGGACCCUUGCAGUCGAGGCCUCUGGUGGCCCUACUGGACGGGCGCGACUGCACCGUGGAGAUGCCAAUCCUCAAGGACGUGGCCACAGUCGCCUUCUGCGACGCUCAGUCCACCUCCGAGAUACACGAGAAGGUGCUGAACGAGGCGGUGGGCGCGCUGAUGUGGCACACGAUCAUCCUGACCAAGGAAGACCUGGAGAAGUUCAAAGCUCUCAGGAUCAUCGUGCGCAUCGGCUCCGGUGUCGACAAUAUUGAUGUCAAAGCCGCCGGCGAACUAGGGAUAGCAGUAUGUAACGUGCCGGGUUACGGCGUGGAAGAGGUGGCGGACACGACGAUGUGUCUCAUAUUGAACCUGUACCGGCGGACCUACUGGCUCGCCAACAUGGUGCGCGAGGGGAAGAAGUUCACAGGGCCGGAGCAGGUCCGCGAGGCGGCGGCGGGCUGCGCCCGCAUCCGCGGCGACACGCUCGGCAUCGUGGGGCUCGGCCGCAUCGGCUCCGCCGUCGCGCUGCGGGCCAAGGCCUUCGGCUUCAACGUCAUCUUCUACGACCCCUACCUGCCCGACGGCAUAGAGAAGUCGCUGGGGCUAACGAGGGUCUACACGCUGCAGGACCUCCUAUUCCAGAGUGACUGCGUGUCAUUGCACUGCAGCUUAAACGAGCACAAUCACCACCUCAUCAAUGAAUUUACUAUCAAACAGAUGCGCCCAGGCGCGUUCCUAGUGAACACGGCGCGCGGUGGGCUGGUGGACGACGAGGGGCUCGCUGCGGCGCUCAAGCAGGGCCGCAUCCGCGCCGCCGCGCUCGACGUGCAUGAGAACGAGCCCUUUAACGUGUUCCAGGGCCCGCUAAAGGAGGCGCCGAACGUGCUAUGCACGCCGCACGCGGCGUUCUACUCGGACGCGUCGGCGCAGGAGCUGCGCGAGAUGGCCGCCUCCGAGAUCCGCCGCGCCAUCGUCGGGCGCAUACCCGACUGUCUACGGAACUGCGUUAACAAGGACUACUUCCUGCCGUCGGCGGCGCCGGUGCUGGCCCCGCCCGCCGCGCCGCUGCCCACGCCGCAGCCGCCGCCCAGCACCUACAGCGAAGGCAUGAACGGCGGGUACUACGGCAGCGGCGGCGGGGCGCAGGCCGCUCACUCCACCACGGCGGUGCAUGAGCCGCCCGCGCUGCCGCCGCAACCGCAGCCGCAGCCGCCGCCGCAGCAGCCGCCCAUCACUCUGCCAAUAAACACGUCGGAGCCGGCGAACCACCAGCUGCCCAAGCAGGAGAGCUCUGACGUCCACUAGACUACGCUACGUUACAGUACCGUCGCCACCCGUCACGUCACCAGACAAACAAUAGUUUUAUCCUUCCAUCGCAACUAUGUCAUAAGUACUUGUAAGCCAACGAGUCAAUACAAAUGUGCCGCGCAGUUUGCAUUGAGACGCUCCAGCGGCGAGGACUGAUGACGUCACGACACUCGAUAUACCCUGUGAUGUGAUCCGCGCGAGCUGACGUAGCCAGGAGUCCAAGGUUGCAUACUAAGCGUCUAGUCGAUUCGCAGGAUAUACUUCGAUUCGCAGGAUAUACUUGCUAUAAGUGGCUAUAACCCUGUUAAACGUAAUAUGAUUAAAAUGCUGCACGACAGAGAUGUAGUAAAUCGCCUAGCACAAUAGACAUAUCUCUCGUCUCAUUCGCACCAUUGGUGUUUUAAAGGGCCCGAUUGGCCACUGCGCUGAGAUCUAUUGUGACCAAAUCCCUAAGGAGUCCUCCAGACCAAUCCGUUUGAUGAGAUCCACUGUUUUUUUGGGAGGACGAUUAUAUGAUACCCUGUGGGUCCAUUAUAUGGCCCCCCAGUGCCCAGCUUCUGUGCAUGAGAGCCUCACAGCUGCACAGCAGGUGUAAAGGCAUCUCAUCUUGCUUUAAACAAUCUGCAUAAAGGGGAGUCAUUUAGCUCCAUUCUAUGUAGGUGCUUGUUGAGUCUGCAGUGACAUGUGAGGGCCCUUAUUAGGUUUAGAACCUUCCUUAGCAAGAGUAAGAACCGGUAACGUUAUACAGGUUAAUAAUACGAAAGAGGCGAGAGAUAUGUCGUUCUAAUUAUAUUCCGUUACAGGCUAUGCGUUUCAGAGCAAUACGUCUGGUCCGUACGAGCUGCCGGUGUGGACAGACUUGAAACUUUGAGGAUCGGGGGUUAAAAUGACCAAUAAAACCAAUUCAUCCAAAAAACAAUAUUCCAAUUUGACAUUUGCGCAUAUAUAGUAAUGUGCGCAAUGCCGAGUAAUGUCAAAUAGCAACGUUGCUUUUAUAAUUGAAUAGCUUUUAUGUGGUCUUUAUAAACCAGCAGACAACUUGCAGCCACUGUUGAUACGAAAUCCUAAUAUGGAUAUGAUGAACCUUAUGGUGAUAGGCGUAAGAGAGGAAAACAUCUUUUUGGAACGCGGAUUGCACGCAAACACAAGUAAAUGACAGUUGAGGUAAAUCAACAGCAAGGCAUGUCAAGGGACUUAACAGCUGUCGAUGACUGGGUGCAUAUAUUAUACACCUCAGCCUAUCCCUUUGAGGAUACAGGCGUGAUGCAUGUAAUACGUAACUCGUUUUAUAAUUGAGUAUUUUGAUGCGAACAGUCCGUACGAACCAUACUCAUUGCUCUGGACUGGUUCCAGCAAUAUCCUAUGGCUGCAACAAUGAAAGCGCAGGCGCAUGCGAGUUAGUAAUUCCCUUUUUUGCAUCACGCUCUCGAUUACUAUCAGCGUUCGUCGUAUCAACAAAGAUCUAAUUACGUAGUUUCGAAGGUCCCCCCCAUAAACAUGGUAAAGAAUGCACGGGCGCUAUGUUGGUUCACGUGUCGCCUCGAAAGUGUGACUGCAAGUUGUCUCCUGUGGCUCUGCCCACUUCAUUAUGGAUUAUGGGCGUGUGUUGUCUGUGAUUAAGCAAGUAUAUGCGCACGAUUCUUUCUAUAAUUACAAACGGUUAAUAGGGUAGUUGACAAGUUUCAAAAACUAGGUUUUCAUCAUAGUUCCAAAAUAGACAUAAAUUGAUAGCCAAAUGUGAAAACAGAAUCGAAAUUCGUUGAAAUGUGAAAUAGUUAUAGCCAUCCGAAAUCAAAGAGAAAGAAAUGUUAAUAGGAAUGCAUGAUAUCAUGUUCAGGAGUUCAAGCUACAAUCAGCUACAAAUGCCGUUUUGCUAUAAAGUAAAAACUUUAAAAUAUCCGGCGUUGGAUGAGAUAUUGAAAAACAGAUUUCAGAUUUAUCUUUAGCAUGUUCGCGAGUUGAUGAUAAUAAAAUAACACCAGUCAAGUACCCUUCUAGUGCGCGCUUUCAUUGUUAGGCCUCCUAACUAGUUACACAUUAGAUCGGGACCUCGGAUUAGGUGGUCAAAAAAAUAUAAAAAUGUACAAAUAAAAAUGACAUGAUUAUCAAAAUUGAAAAUAUACUAUUGUACCUACGAUGAUAAAUAAAUUAAUUAAUUUACGUACAGUCAGAAAGCUCGAUUAUUUUUGUAACUGUAGUCUGUUGAUGACGUCACAGCAACCGUUGUCCUGUAUCGAUGAUGUCACAGUUCUCGUGUGAAAGCGGAACAAGUAUGAUAUAAUACCGGCCCGUACAGUCUCCUUUAUUUGCGAGAAUAGGGCCGUGGAUAACCUCUGUUUUGGCAGAGCAUUAUGGGCUUCAACUUAUUGCCAAGAGUAAGUUUAUAAAGUGCCCGAGUUCCUAAUGAUUUUAUCUAAUGUUUGGAUAGACUCUUGACAUGUUUGGAGUGCGGUUCUCCUUGAAUAGAUCGCUCCAAUCAAAUACUUAAUUUGAGCUUACGUCGGAUAAGUACAUUCGUAGCGAUAGUGUUGAUAUAAAGAUAAUGAUUGUGGGAUGACAUUGAUUAUUUGAUAUAAUAAAUGAACGUUAUAAUGUUACAAGUAUAUGUUUACGAAUGAAAUUAAGGAAUAUAAAAUAAUACAUUUAUGUUUAAACCGUCUCAGUGCAAACGUCGCGCGGAUAAUUGAAGUGAGCGAAUAGUUGAUUCUGUGUUUGUAUUCGGUAAGUUGGGACAGCUAUAUAUAAAUAAAUAUGUUGCUGUUAUGUGUUAUGCGUGAGGACCUAUGGGGGAUGUGUGUAUGUAAAGAGGGAGGGAUGAAGUGAUGUGAAGUCGUGCGAGUGGGCAGGGAACGCGGUACUAGAGUACUGAGAGAUGUAGAGGACGCGGUACUAGCAGUACAACUGGUACUAGCGGUGCAACUGGUACUAGCGGUGCAACUGGUACUAGCGGUGCAACUGGUACUAGCGGUACAACUGGUACUAGCGGUGCAACUGGUACUAGCGGUACAAUUGGUACUAGCGGUGCAACUGGUACUAGCGGUACAAUUGGUACUAGCGGUGCAACUGGUACUAGCGGUGCAACUGGUACUAGCGGUGCAACUGGUACUAGCGGUAGAGCGAUCCGAGCGUACAGCAUUUGUAAGCAUUUCCCGCCCCCCCGGCUCCGACCGUGCAUUCUCACUCUUAUUUUUAAGUAUCAAACGACUGUAGAAUUUUAUCAUCACACUUUAUUAACGAGAAGACAGGUCUCCGUGAUUUUUUUUAUUUGAAAUGUACAAAAUCAUGCUUCAUUUGAUAUUUUUUUCUAAAUAGAGUUUAAGUGAGGACUUUGUACAUGAACACCGAGAAUAGUACGCUGUAGGGCAGAACCCACAACCACCUGUUUGAAAAUCGUGAGAAUUGGUAUUUAAAAUUAGUAUUUACUUACAGUUUAGUUUAAUGACAAAAACAAUGUGUAUAUUUUAUGAAAAGUGAAAAAGUUCUUAAAUAAAACUAUUGUUUUCGGAUUAAUUA